GGAUAUGUACCUUGGAAUGUUGCCUGUGCUCUGGUGUGACACAACAGCCCAAGCAGAGCUUUGGUUUCUCCUGCAACAUCAGCAGAGGGGAUGUGCCCUAGCCUAAAGCAGAUGCCCUGGAGGGAGUGGGUUAGUGGGCUAUUGACUUUUGUCCAUCCAUUCAGCUCCAGUUUCCUUAUCUCUUACAUUUGUCAGUCUACUGUCUUUUCCACUUCCUCUUAACUCUGUUCCUGGAAAAGGGCGGGGUGGGAAAGGAAAUACUCCAUUAAACCUGUCUCCACUGAUUUCCAUUUCCAUAGUGCGUAUGAUAAUGGGCACCAGGCUGCUCCUGGAUGUCAAUACCACUGACUAAAUGUUUGCUUUGUUCAAUUAGAACAAGCCUAGGCUGCCAGAUACCAUUGCAAACUGCCAUAUCAGCAAGGACUGAACCUGGCCAGAGGAACUUCUGACCAAGGAACAAGAUUUUCUAGGUUCUGGAGAAGUCAGUAUGUUUGAUCAGAUUCAUUGGCUGGCUGCCGUGACAAUCCUGGGAGUCCUGGAGCAAGCCUACUUCUUCCUCCAGGUGAUCUAUGCUAGGAGGUUGUUUGGCAUUUCACCUCCAAAGAUCUCAGGCCCUCCUGAAUUUGAAAGGAUCUUUCGAGCACAGGUGAACUCCUCUGAGUAUUUUCCCAUCUUCCUGGCACUUCUGUGGCAGGCUGGACUCUUCUUCCAUCAAGGUCUGGCUGCAGCCUUGGGUCUGCUCUAUCUCUACGCCCGCUACUGCUACUUUAUGGGAUACAAGGCAUCAUCCUCAGAAAGACUAGCCCCGAUAUACUUCAGCGCUGGAGUUCUCUGGAUUCUCAUUGCAGUGUCAGCCCUGGGCAUCCUGCAUUUCUUCCUCUCUCACUAUGUGGGGCUCAACGUCCUCCAGCUUCUCACAGCAUGACCCAUUCCUCAGUGUGCUUCACCACUGUCCUCAUCUUCAAGUCGUGCUCCCUCUGGCCCACCUUAACAGACUGGCUGCAACUCUACAGCCCUCAAUAAGAAAUCCACCCUCACCUGAGCUUUUAACACCUCCUUCCUCUCUGUCCAGCACUGGCAGGAGCUGCUGAGCUGUUUAGGAGAUAUUUUUCCCCCAUGCCACUUGGUGUGCCAAGUGCUCCACAUCUGGCAGCUCCAUCGUGUCUGAUGUGGAAACAACAACUCCAAACAAGGACAUAUAAAAGCAAACUCUUCUCAGUCUGAGUUUCCCUGUGAGUUGCCAAAGAGAAGUGCCAUAUGUUCCCCAUUAUCCAGCAGCUCUGCCCUCAGCCCAGGCACAGAACACGCCAGUUUUCCAAGGCCCACACCUAAGAAAAGCAUUUGUUUGGAACCAGAUGUGGGCUGAGACAUAAUAAAAGAGGUGAGGGAUAAACUGGAGUAGCCACCAACACGUUGUGCAAAAAUCUGUUGGUGCCCUCAUGCUGGCUAUCAGCCACUGCUGUGAAUCAGAGUGAGCAAACUCAUCACCUCUGCUGUGUGUGCCACUUUGAACUUGGCCCAGUGACAACAGGCACAAAUAAAAGGUCUCUGAACUUGC